AUGCCAAUCGCCACUGAGUUGACUCGUCUCCUGGGCAUCAAGUAUCCCAUCGUUCAAGGUGGGAUGCAAUGGGUGGGAACACCGCCACUUGCAGCUAGCGUAGCUUUAUCAGGAGCAUUGGGGAUGCUCACUGCAUUGACGCAACCGAGCCCAGACGCGUUGAGAGAAGCUAUCAGGGAGACCAGAAACCGUAUAGGAGGUAGUCCAGGGCGUUUCGGAGUCAAUAUAACCUUGUUGCCGUCCAUCAACCCUCCUGAUUAG